AUGGCCUCGACCUCUUCAGCACAAGACUUGCCACAGAAUGACUUCAAUCACCAGUUGGCUAUCAAACUUUCUCGAGUCAUGAACCUCGUCAACCCCAAUGACCUGCUCGCGACCCGCGUCACUGACAUUGCUAAGACAAACUCGGAGGAGGGCUUCAUCAAAGCUGCUAAAUCCUUCCACAAAUUCAAGGACAACUUCCUCUCCGAGAUUUACUCCGAGAUUAUAGCCCACUCCCAGCAAGAAACGACGGGCCACUUUCCGAAGCCAGUUCCAGGAAUCACGGUCCACGAUAGUGACGUACUCGAGCCAGAGCCCGUUAGACAGGGUGGUUUGAUGAGGAAAGAUUCUCGUCACACAUUCCGACAACCCGCAAGGACACUAGAACCACCUACGCCUAGGACAUCAGUGCUGGGACUUGAUAGACUUGCACAAGAGAAGAGGGCGGCCGCGGCUGCGAAGGAUGAGGGAAGUCGAAAGAGGCCACGUCUAGACGACGACAAUGAGCCUGUCUUCAAAGUUCCCUCACUGCCCGCGUCUCGUAUGAACAAUCGACAACGAGGUGCCGAAACCCCCUCACAUGGCACAGGCCUGUCGGAUGCAGGUAAAGCCCGUUUGCAAGAGUAUAGAGCGAACAGGGAACGCCAAAGAGAGGGAAUCAUUGCCAAACAAGAACAGCGUCAGGACGGUCCUCGCGGUUUAGGUGACUUUCAACGUCGCUCCAAUAAAGACAGAGACGGGCGCAAUAAUAACCGUAACCGCGACGAUAAUCGAAAUCGUGAAUCUCGCUCCUGGGAUGCAAACGCUACACCUCGUUCUGAGCGUGGUGGACGCGAAGACGGACCCUCCAUGCGUGUACCCGAUGUUGGUUGGGAUUCGACACCUCGGAAUCAGCGAGGCUCUGACGGAGGCUGGGGUGGCGCGAAAAGCCGGGCAUGGGACGCCCCAACGCCCCGGACUGUGAGGGGCGGUAGUCCGGAUGAUGAUAAGGAGACAGUGAUGGAUGCGCGGGAGUGGGAGGAAGAGCAAAUCCGUCUGGAUAGAGACUGGUAUUCGGGUGCGGAAGAAGGAGGCUUAAUGGGUGAUGAGGAGCACAACCCAUUGGCUCAGUAUGAGGAUCUGGCGGCGAUUAAGCAGGCUGAGAUCGCGAAGAAACAGGUCAAGAAAGUCUCGGCCAGGCAGGCGCAAUACAACGCCGACAAUGACCUCUGGGAAGCCAACCGGAUGGUCACCUCCGGUGUCGCCACCCGAAAAGGUGUCGACCUUGAUUUCGAAGAUGACUCCGAGUCCACGGUUCACGUUAUGGUCCAUGAUCUCAAACCGCCCUUUCUUGAUGGCCGGACGGUGUACACCAAGCAGCUUGAUACCAUUAACCCCAUCCGCGAUCCCACAUCUGAUCUAGCUGUGUUCUCCAAGAAAGGCAGCGCCUUGGUGAAGGAGAAGCGAGAGCAAGCAGAACGCGCGAAGGCUGCCGCAAAACUGGCUGCGUUGGGCGGGACGAGCCUAGGGAACAUCAUGGGUGUGAAAGAUGAGGAAGCAGAAGCUGAGGGUAAGCUCCAUUCCUUAGUUCAUGCUCUUUUAUCGAGAUAUCGUGGGCUUGGAUGCGUAGAUUGGACAUUCACGUAG